AUGAGCGUGCUGAAAGAGUCUAUAUCACGCUCUGGGUCAGUAUUCGCUGGCUCUUCGUCUCCAUCGCGCCUCAACGGAGCCAAACGCCCCAUGGCAAACAAGCCGCAAGCCCAACAGCUCGAAAGGCCACUGCGUACCCGUUUUACUGCCCGUGGCCAAACUCUUGUGGCAAUAUCACAGAGACCGGAAGCUACCAAUGCACUACAGCUGCAGACUGGGAUGAACCCAGAAUCUGAUCCACACAGACUUGGUUCAUCCACGUUGUAUCCUCUUAUUUCUACGUACCAACGUGGGGAGGCAGCCGCUCGCAGGAAGGGUCCCACCGUCGUCAAACGAUCAUUUGUAACCUCGGUCAAAGAGAAGGCUCAAGACUCUGGGGCUCUGUCGGCAGAGCCCCAAACAAGUACACCAGCUUUGGAGCGUUAUGACUACUCAACAUAUUCGCCAACGCCUCUACGAAUGUAUAUUCGGUCAAGAUCGGAAGCGGACACUGCGUUGGACACCACCAUUGGACCCUUGGGAUUUGACAUGGAAUGGAAUGUAUCAUGGCGUAAACAAACCCAAAGGCUAGGAGCAGUGAUCCAACUUGCGACUCCAAGGAAGAUAUUCAUCCUUCAAGUCUGUGCCAUGAAGGGUAAUGGUCUUGAUCAUCCCAACCUCUUACUUAUCAGAUAUUGGAUAGGCUUUCCUCGUAAGCUCAAGGAGAUAUUGGAAGACCCCACCAUUGUCAAGACAGGGGUCAAUAUUCGAGGCGAUGCGACCAAACUCUUCAAAGACUAUCAGGUCAAAGCGCAAAACCUGGUUGAACUCAGUUGGCUCUCCAACCGGGCAGAUCCUAGCUCAGGCGCAAAGACGGCACGCAGGCUCGUUGCUCUCAAAACGCUGAUAAGAAAUUAUCUACAAAGGGACCUCGAAAAGGAUGCAGAGGGGCCACGAAUGAGCAACUGGGAGCGCCUCCUGAAUGAGGAACAACAGCGCUAUGCAUCGAACGACGUCCAUAGUUCGAUAAUCCUCUAUCAUCAUCUCAUGGACCUGGCCGCUCAGCAUAAACUCACCCUGAAACCGUCAGACUUUACGCUGAACGUUGGCAUUGAUGGUACCAUUGCCAAGGAUGCGCGAGUAGACUCGCCAAAUUCUACGGAAGAGGGCCCAAUGCCAGCUGAAGAGGAAUCCUCGUCGGUUUCUAAGGCCAUUACACUGGAAACCUCCGAUACUCCGACAGUUUCCGAGACCCUAGAUUCGGAUGAAGAAGUGGAGAGAAUUUUCACUAGGUUUCAGCGCGUGUGCAUAAGCAACCCGAAGAAUCCGGCGCAGAACUCGGUAGAGCCACUCGUGGAUGAAACCGUUCCGAUGUCCAGGACAAUGGCGUACGCGGCUGGUCUCAAGAAAUAG